CUAGUUUGUAUUUUAUUUCGCCGCCUUGCCAGUAUCUAGCGAAAUUUUGCAUUCGUACCAUUUAUGCUAUCAUAUUUGUUCGUGCUUGUGGUCUCAUAUAGUAGUGUUUUAGAAAAUUCAUCAUGUCAUUAAAGGAAGUUUAUCUGACGGGUGAUGUUUUUCUCAACUGUCUUCAACUUGCUUUCUCCAAUGAGAAGCAAGAAGUUAUGGGACUUCUCAUCGGCGAGUUGAAGCCAACGGAUACCGAUGACAAAUCAGUAAAUGCCCUAAUAACUCAUCUAUUCAUUCCGCAAAGAGCUGAUAGGAAACGUGAUCGUGUUGAGACAUCACCAGAGCAGUUAAUAGAGGCAUCAGUGGAGGCCGAGGCACUAUCCAAGAAACUGCAGAAACCUGUGACUGUCUGCGGUUGGUUCCACUCUCACCCUCAUAUCACUGUUUUUCCAUCACACGUCGAUGUGAAAACACAGGCUGCUUAUCAAAUGAUGGAAAAAGGCUUCGUUGGCAUCAUAUGUUCAAUUUUCAACACUGAUCAACAUCAUAAAAAUAGAGUCAAACUUACCUGUUUCCAGUCCAAUUAUAAUAAUUUAAAAGGUGACUACGAAUCCGUUGAUAUUCCAUUCCACAUCUUACCUGUUCCUUCAAUUUCCAGUCAUUCCUUUGAGACUAUGAUAAAUAUGCAAAAAACUUUGAACCUAGAAGAAAUCAAUGAUUUCUCACUUUGUAUGGCUCAGCUAGACAACAAGGAUUUUCUCACUAGAUUUCAGAAUCAUACUGCUUUAGCCCAUGCAUUCAGUCGAAUAGCUGAAGUUUUCAGUCAACCCCUGUUCGCAGCCUUAUCUCUUAGAUUAGAACACAAUCAGAAUACAAUUGCAAGGUUGAAAGAACAGAUAGAAAUGGCAGAGAAGCAAAACAAAAAAAGUCUGAAAAGGAGCAAGUAAUUGCAAUUCAACACAUCUGACAAAUUUGCUGCGCCAUCAUUCCUAUCGUACACUUCCAGAAUGUGCUUUUUUAUGCAGCACCUCAGUACUUACAUGGAUAUUUUUGUUCUAUUUUUAGCUCUUCCUUUCCAUGUCAAUGAAAGAACAUAAAGUUUCCAAGGAGUCUUUCUGAAAUUUUGAAUCAAGGGUUUUCUUUUGUUUUUUUAGAUAUUAUUAGCUCCUUUUGAAUCACUAAGUACUACUCUGACUAAGGUUCUUGAGGUUUCCAAAAAACAUUAGACCCCCUUUUUUAUUUGAGGGAGUGUCCCCCAAAAUCCAAAGAAACGUUUUAACAGAACAUUCUACCUCUGUUUUGUUCCCAAGAUAAUCAGGCCGGCUCAGGGCUCCUGAACUAGACUGAACGUACAUAUUUAAUUAUUUUCUAAUUUGUAAUUUUUUUUCUUGUUUCGUACCUGCAACUGCAGUAUGUUAUUCGUUGCCAUCUUACUCCCUUGUCUGUGAUUUUGCUUAUGAGGCUUUUGAUUGGUCAAGAGGAGGUAUGCGUUUUGAUCAAUUAGACAAUUUUUUCAUAAGGUAGGUAUGUCUUUAGUUUGCAAGGCUGCCAAGAUUUUUCAUCUUACUCUAUCCUGUUCUACAUAAUUUAAUAAGACUUUGUCCUCAAACACUCUAAUUAAGUUUAUUCAGUACUCUACAAAAGUACCUUAAAUGUGAGUGUACUUGGUUCGCUACAAAAUAAAUGCAGAAUCCAAUUAUAUAGUGUCCAAGCCAAAUAAGUUCUCACAAUUUUAGACGGUGACAAUAGAUCUGCCGUCUUGAUUCUUGCAUUUAUUUUGAUGCUAAACUGACGUUAUGCGAUCUUCUGUCACAGUCUAAAUGUCUGUAAACUUAUUUGUUGGGAUUCUAAAAAUGCAAUGCUUGCAUGUUCUUUUAUGAACAAAAUUUCAACUCUCAAAAAAACCUUAAAUUAGUAGCCUACCCUUUAUUGUAAAUUCUUCUUUCCCACAUCGUUGGCAGCGUGUGUGAUUGGUCUAUCUAUUACUAUUUUUUCCUUUUCUCAGAAAUGCCUUUGAAAACAUUUUAUUUGACGAAGUGAACUUAUAGUUUCUUGUUAAGACUUUCAUUAAUAUUUUUAUUAUUUUAUAUUUUAUGUUAAAACUUCAUAAUUGUGUCAUCACAAUUUACUAUGAAAAUAAACGAACUGUUCCUUUUCACCAA